GCGCAGGGCGGCGAACGCCCGGGCGCAGUGUCCUCCGCGCCCCGCCGCGCUCGCACGGCUACGCUCCCGCUCCCAGACAACCACCCCAUUUUAGCUGCGCUCGGCCGCUCCGACUGUCCCCAGAGUGGGGAGGGAGGAAAGACGUGGAGCGGGUGCUGCAGGACCCCUGGGCUUUGCGCAGCUGAUGCUCCUCUCCAGCUUCCGGAGGCACAGCCUGUGGUCCUACGGAGCGCCCCGGUGCUUGCACACCUAGCUGAGACCGUGGUUGGUCCUCUCCGGCUAGUUUGAAGUCUCUGCGGCUCGAGGCUCUUGCGGUGGGGAAAAGGAGAGGCCGGUGUGGAGCUCUCGGGAGGUUGGGGCUGACUCAUCUAGAGUCCCCGACUCCCCUGUGAUUGCACUUGGAAACUUUCCGCUGUGUUUCAGUCUCUGUCUCUCUUGGGGAAGCUGGACGGCAGUUCGGCAGGCCAGGUCCCUGGCCAGGACCGCGCACUAGGGGCCAUGGAGUUCACGGCGUCGCCCAAGCCCCAGCUUUCCUCCAGGGCCAACGCCUUCUCCAUCGCCGCGCUGAUGUCGAGCGGCGGCUCCAAAGAGAAGGAAGCUACGGAGAACACUAUCAAACCACUGGAACAAUUUGUCGAGAAGUCGUCCUGCGCUCAGCCCCUGGGUGAGCUGACCAGCCUAGAUGCUCACGGGGAGUUUGGUGGCAGCGUCGCAGGCAACAGCAGCCCAUCCUCCUCCUCUCUGUGCACUGAGCCGCUGAUCCCCACCACCCCCAUCAUCCCCAGCGAGGAAAUGGCCAAAAUUGCCUGCAGCCUGGAGACCAAGGAGCUCUGGGACAAAUUCCACGAGCUGGGCACGGAGAUGAUCAUCACCAAGUCUGGCAGGAGGAUGUUUCCUACCAUCCGUGUGUCCUUUUCGGGCGUGGAUUCUGAGGCCAAGUACAUAGUCCUGAUGGACAUCGUCCCUGUGGACAACAAGAGGUACCGCUAUGCCUACCACCGGUCCUCCUGGCUGGUGGCUGGCAAGGCGGACCCUCCGCUGCCAGCCAGGCUGUAUGUACAUCCAGACUCUCCUUUUACUGGUGAGCAGCUACUUAAACAGAUGGUGUCUUUUGAAAAGGUGAAACUCACCAACAAUGAACUGGAUCAACAUGGCCAUAUAAUUUUGAACUCAAUGCAUAAGUACCAGCCACGGGUGCACAUCAUUAAGAAGAAAGACCACACAGCCUCAUUACUCAAUCUGAAGUCUGAAGAAUUCAGAACAUUCAUCUUUCCAGAAACAGUUUUUACGGCGGUCACUGCCUACCAGAAUCAACUGAUAACCAAGCUGAAAAUAGAUAGUAACCCUUUUGCCAAAGGAUUCCGGGACUCCUCCAGGCUCACUGACAUUGAGAGGGAAAGUGUGGAGAGCCUGAUUCAAAAGCAUUCCUAUGCCCGCUCACCCAUCCGUACCUAUGGAGGAGAAGAGGAUGUGCUGGGGGAUGAGGUUCAGACAACACAAAAUCGAGGAUCAGCCUUUACAACAUCUGAUAAUUUGUCUCUCAGUUCCUGGGUAUCAUCUUCAUCCAGUUUUCCUGGAUUUCAGCACCCACAGUCCCUGACUGCUCUUGGCACCAGCACAGCAUCCAUAGCGACACCCAUUCCUCACCCUAUACAGGGCUCUCUGCCACCAUAUAGCCGACUUGGGAUGCCUCUAACCCCAUCGGCCAUUGCCAGCUCCAUGCAAGGGAGUGGCCCGACAUUCCCCUCAUUCCACAUGCCCCGGUAUCAUCACUACUUUCAGCAGGGGCCCUAUGCUGCUAUCCAAGGACUGCGCCAUUCCUCUGCUGUGAUGACGCCAUUUGUAUGACUCUUCUAAAAAUAGGAGAAUCCAGAUCCAGAAUGUGCAAAUGGGUAUGGAAAUAUAAGACAGGGUUGGGUGGGUGGGAUGUGGGGUGUUGGAGCCGGGGCUCUCCAGGAGACAUGGGACAUAUUAAAGAGGAGAGCUGGACUCACAGUAAAACCUACCACUGAGGGAAAGCACCACGGACCAGGAUUCAUCUGUAGCGGGGUACAGCUUUUGGCUUUGAGAGAGAAUCAGUGUAAAGUUCUUAGCCAGCCUAAGUCCCACAACUAUUGGAUAUCAGUGUACCAAGAAAGUUUAAUAAUACAAGGCAGAUGAAUCUUAAGAUGCAUUAUUCCUAGUGGUUAAAAAUGCUGUGUCAAUGCAGUAAUGUAUAAAGUCAACAUGUAUAGGUUUUCUUUCUACUUUCCACAGGUUAAAAGAAUCUUCAAAGAGGCAAUACUAUAUAACAUACCAUAAUGCAUAAUGACUAACUGAAGUCCAUUUCUCCCUAUAGAAAUGAGAGCCAAUAGAGAAGUAUUUGUAGUGCUGUAGCUUAAGCAUGUUUAGUUUUCCUUUGUGUUAGUUUGCUGGGGAAGGAGCUGAGAUAAUGCUAAUGCAUCCUAAUUGGUGGAUGAAUAGGUGGUAAGACUUCACAAAGUUCUGUUAAUAUUGAAGGGCCAGUACCUGACAAGUUCUUUUUCACAGUCUUUUCUUUCUUUCUAAUUCUCUUUCUUGCAAUUAUUUGCCAUUUAUGUAGGAAAAAUCUUCCAUAUACGAAUAAAACUGAGGUUUUAUUUUUCUGGGCUGCAUUCUAAAUACACUGCUGAUUUAUUCACUGAGGGACACUUUAAAGUCUUUACACCUUGACGCAUGAGACUUUCUUUCACUACAAUAAAAAGAUGGUUGCCCUAUUCUAAAAGGAAUUUUUUCUGCAGUGGGUACCAGAGCUCCCUUCAUUUUUACUUCAGCUUUGGGAGACCUUAUGGAUGUUAAAAUGCACCAGGCCAAAUUCUCAUUUUCAGUAAAUCUGCUUCAUUGUUUGAUUAGUUGCUGCCACUGAUUGACAAGGAUUUAUGAAUGACCAUUCUAAAUGCCCAUAUAGCCACCACUUAACCUUUGGUCAUGAAUAGGUAUGUGUCCAUCUAUCUGAUUGGCCCUUUUUUCUCACUGUAUUACAUUCAGUAAUUCUACCAUUUUUCUAGGUCCAUAAUAUGAAAUCGCAUGUUAACUCAAUGACACCCUGACUGAAACAUUGGAAGUGCUUAUAAGUAAAUCUAAAGGAUUUAUCCACUUUAUUUUCAACUCUUGCUAUCUUCUUAAGCCUUCUUUUAAUAUUUAUAAUAGUAAUUAACUAUAUUGUAGUUAUAUAUAAUUUCUGUAUUAUUUUUGAGCCAUAUAUAUCUAAGCAUUUACAAUCAGGAUAGUACAUUUGGCAUUUUGCAACAUUUCAUUUCCCUAAUAACAGAGGUUUAAUGAAAUUCGUAGUCCUUCAAUUUUAGAUAUAAUGCAUUCUAGCUAUAGAAUUUAACCUGUCUUCUACACAAAGCUCCCCAAUAUUCUUAAUUUUUAAUGUAAUAUUCAUUCUACUUCAUUCUGACUACAAAAGUAUUGAAUCUGUUCAAAGAGAUGGGAAAUCUUGCUGCUGAGGGUAGAGGUGUAUUUGGAAGUCAAAUGUAAUAUACUUAUCACAUCAAACUCAAGUGGGAUUUUAUUUGGUUGUUUUAAUGUUAGGCUUUUCCAUAUCAAAUGACUUUAUUGGGCAUUUCCAGUCUAUGAAACAAGGUAUAAUUGGCACAGCCUGUCUAAGUGAUGCUAUUGUUGGACCUUGCAAUUGACUUUCUCCACUAUAUUCCAAGGUUUGGUUAUGGAGAAGCACCAGCUGCGUUAACCAAACAUCUCAAAGUCCUAUGGCAGACACAGUAGGCUUACUUCUAACUUCUUGCAUGUUAUGCUAUAGUAUCCACAGGUAGUUUGUUUUCAAACACAGCACAGAUGUAUUUCUUUAAAAAAGUAGUUAUGGGCUUCCCUGGUGGCGCAGUGGUUGAGAGUCCGCCUGCCGAUGCAGGGGACAUGGGUUCGUGUCCGGGUCCGGGAAGAUCCCACAUGCCACGGAGCGGCUGGACCCGUGAGCCAUGGCCGCUGAGCCUGCGCGUCCGGAGCCUGUGCUCCGCAACGGGAGAGGCCACAACAGUGAGAGACCCGCAUACCACAAAAAAAAAAAAAAAAAAAAAGUAGUUAUGCAUAAUGUUUAAAGUACAUAUCCACAGAGCUUAGGAUAGGGAUUUAAUGUUUAAUAGUUGCCCUGUUGUCAGUGCUUUUAAUACAGAGUACUGCUACUUAAAGCAGGAAUAACAAAAGUAAAUACUAUUUUACAUGAUACUACUUAAUACCCUAAUAAAUGACUGGUCUACUAAAGCAAAUCCAUAUCUGAAUUUUCUUUUCAACGAGCAUGAAAGGAUCAUUUUAAUACUAUUUUGACAUUUUUCCCAAUUGGUGUGUCUCAAAAGUAGGUUUAUAUAUUUUUGUUAAAUAUGGUUUUAUGCUAGUAUGUCCUGAAUUCAUAACUUUAUUUUGUAAUUAAAUCAAUAUAAGACUAAAAAUAAAUAGCAUGCUUAGAGAAGAACAAAGACUAAGACACCAAAGCAUGCUCUUGGAAAAUCACACCUGAAAUUCUUGGAUACACUUUUUAAGUAUCUGGUAUUAUUUGAACAAGAAAGAAGAAGCACAGGUGAAAUGGAGCUUAACCUGGUCAGUCACUCUAGUCAUGGAAACCAGGGGCAGAUAUAUGACCCCACCAGGGUUCUGAGCUCUUCUGCUUGUUGAUUAUUACUUAACCCCUUGGGUAUUUAACAUUUAAAAUUCUAAAGUCUAUUUUACCAAAAACAAUUGCAAGAACUAGAUAAUUAGGGACAAAGCCAACUGAAUAAUAAAGAGCAUGAGUUAUGGUAUAUUUGGAAUAAAUUCAGGGUCCCCCCCAGGUAUAUUACAGUAUUAAAAAGCCUGGCUAACGUAUAAUGCUGCUAAAAAGCAGCCCUGCCAGAAUGGCUUUAUCUAACCCAAAAGAAUUAAUUCAUAACUUAGUAAAUUCUACAUAUGUGAUAUGUUUUUUAAAUGUUUAUCAAUAAUUCUGAGUAAGCUCAUUUAUUUCUUUUACUUAGUAAAUCUUCCCCCCUCCUCUGUCCACCCUUGGCAGUAUAAAGAUAAACAUAUCCAGUUUGUGUCCAACAUAUCACAAAUUAUUAGGUAACAAGGUCUACAUUAAUGAAUUUAUAUUACAUUGCUGGUCCUUUUGAGUUCAUAACAAUGGUAUGUUGUCUUAAAGGUUUACCACCAUUUCUAGUAGGUGGGCACAGAGUAGGAGAUAUUAAGACACUUCCUGAUUAUGAUGCAUCAUCUAGUAAACACCCUGUGUAAGAGUCACAUUGACUUUGUGGGAUAUUCCAAAACCUCCUUUCUCCACCCUUAUCCACAUCUCUGUAAUUGCACUUCUCCGGCCACAAUGCCCCACCCUGGGGGAUAAAAAGGAAACCCUCUAAAAGUCCAAGAAUAAGUAUUCUUAGAAGCAAAGCAUCUUCAUCCCAUACUGCCUAUGAAUUUUUCAUAGAGAUAUUAGGAUAUUUAUCCCAAUUCUGAAUUUCACAUUAGCUUUUCAGGCUGUCCUGCUUAUAUUUAAGCUGAAUUAUACUAAGAAAACUGAACUUCAAAUAAGGUAAAUGGAGAGACUUUACCACCUCAUUAAAAACACAGUCAAACUCAAGCCAUGACUCAGUAACUAAAGUUCAAAAAGUCAGUUAUGUAAUGUGCAGGAUCAAAUGUGGCAAGAAAAACAAUAUUUUUACUCAAUCUUCCAUUGACCAAGUAAGGAAAACUGUUUUCAUUAUUAAAUGUGUAUGGAAUUGAUAAUUACUACAAACAAAACAAUAUUAUACUAUAAAUUUAGACUGGACAGAAAUGAGGCACUGAACAGAAAAAAUUUUCAGCUGGCUCCUUUAGAGAGCUAGGCUUGGGUGGAGGAUGGAUUUUAUAAAUUUUUAUAUUAUUUCAGAAUGUAAGGAUUUUAUGUAAACAAGCAAAGGGAAGGUUAAAAACUCUUAAAAUUUUAGGAAAUCAUAACAUUCUUUCUUCACUACUAUUCCAUGCCAGUUAUAAAAUAUUUCAAUACUUAGCUUUCUUCAGCAUGCUUAAAUAUGCAAAGGUUCAUUUAUAAAUAUUUGAUAGACAAAUAAUCCAGAAGUGUUCUCUGGCCCUUAUUUCUCUGUCUCUCCCUUAGAUAAUUCCAACCUCCUCCCCUGAUAAUAAGAAAAUAAAAACAUUUUGGUGAAAUAGUACAUCUGGACAAAAAAUACAGCUUGUUGUAUUUCACUUCUGGUACAUUAAAAUACUAUAUUUAGUUGUUGUUUUUCUUAGUUUCAGAAACCUAAAAGAAGGUCUUCUAUUUCCUAAAGGAUAAAAUUGGAUCUAGCCUCUUUAGUAGACUCUAUCACAGUUCUAUUGUUUGCUGUGUUCAUUUGCUUAACGAAUUGCGUGAGAACAGUCACUGUAAUGAAGUGUGUGUGCUGGGGGUGGUGGGAAGGGCAUGGGAAAUGUUUUAUGAAAAAAGAAGUUAUAAGCCUAAUACUAUAAAGUAACAUCUAAUGAAGUUCUUUUUAAGUGCAAUAUAUUUAUUUCUGCUAGAAAUGUAUUA